CUUAUUAGACUAUUGAUAAAUACAAACAAAAAUUGGCUUGCAAAAAAUCUAAUUUGAUUUAAUUAACUCCACCUGAAAAUGAACAUAAACUUGCCCAAUUUUAAUAUGAAGAACCUGGUCAAGGAGGCGGGUAGCACAAUAUCACGCGUGGUCCAGCUAACGGAGGAGAAAUUGGGCACCACCGAACGCACCGAAUAUGAUAUGCACUUUCAAAAUCUAGCAGAACGUGCCGACGUGACCAAAACAUGGACAGAGAAAUUGGUGCGCGACACCGAAUCGGUGCUGAUACCGAAUCCCCAGAAUCGCGUCGAGGAUUACAUAUUCGAGAAGAUUGAGAAAUCGAAACCGAAACGCCUCAGCAACUUGGAGCAUCUGGCGCUAGACAUGAUCGAGGCGGGCGGCGACUUUGGCCAGGACCUGCCCUACGGCCAGGCACUAAUCAAAGUGGGCCAGGCCGAGCAAAAGCUGGGACAGUGCGAGCACGACUUCAUUGCCACCUCAGGCAUAUGCUUUACGCAACCGUUGCGUAAAUUUCUAGAGGGGGAAAUGAAGACCAUCAGCAAGGAGCGCGGCAUACUGGAGACGAAGCGCUUGGACUUGGAUGCGUGCAAGAAUCGCGUGAAGAAGGCCCGCAGCAUGCUGGGUCAACAGGCGAAAGAUGGCAUUUCGCCAGAAGCGGCCUUGGAACAGGCGGAGCGCGACCUGCGCGUGGCUCAGGCCGAAUUCGAUCGACAGUCGGAGAUUACCAAACUGCUAUUGGAUGGCAUCAGCACAUCGCAGGCAUCGCACUUGCGCCAUCUGCACGCCUUCAUCCAGACCCAGGUUCGGUACUACAAACAGUGCGGCGAUGUCAUGGAUCAGUUGCAGCGCGAGCUGGCCAAAAUGCAGCCAGCGAAGCCACGCCUGCGCAUCAAUAGCGAAGAUGUCGAUGGGCCUCCCAGCAUUGCUUCGGCUCAUUCCUGUGAUUCAGAUACCAAUUCCACUCCAUUAGCACUAGCACUAGAUAGCGAUUACGAUUAUGAUAAUGAUAAUGAUAUUGAGGGCUAUAAGACCAUUGAUAUCGGUCCGGUCAAGGCGCUCACGCAUCUGCUGGAGGACUUUGAGAUAGAGUUCGAUACAAGCGCAAUAACAACAGUCAUCUUUGUCGCCGAAUGCUCACCUGUAAAUGAGGAUUACAUGUACGGUAAGCAGGGUCUGAUGAAGGGCCUGGUGCCGCGCGCCUUUGUCGAAAUGCUCGAUGAGGAACAUGAGGUAACUCUCUAAGUGGAUAGUCUUGAAUGCCAGCAACCAAAAUGAAAAGACAAAACCCAUAAUCAAGAGAACAAUUAUGUUAGACAAAACUAACUAAAAGCAACAAAUACUCAUAAACAUUUAAAGCAAAUGCAAUUGGACAAUUACAACAUACUUAGUUCAUACAUAAUACAUACAUAUGCAAAUUAUGCAAGAGAGUACAAUAAUUUAUCAGAAUAUACAUAUAAAAUAUACAACAUAUAUACACACACAUAUUAUAGCUUAUAGCCCUAGCUUAGUCCGUGUCGUUUGAUCAGUGUGCCUCAUGUAAUCCACAAAAUGCAUUCCAAUCACCCAGCAUUAGAUAUACAUAUAGCUAAAUGACCUAUCCUUGUUACUUGCUCAGCUUUUAAACGAAAUAUUUAAAUAACUAAUAUAUUUAUCAAUACUAAUUCGGAUAUAAAGAAUCUCCUCUUAAAUAUGAAAUUAAAUGCAAUUGUUUUUUAAAAUUCCUAAAAACU